CCAAAGCUACCCCUCUCUCUCUCCCCCCACUUCCUCUCUGAGUCAUUUACACGAACACAUCACGAGCUUGAAAUGAACAAUCUCUCCUUCUUCCUCUUCCUCUUCUCCGCCUCCAUCGCCUACCCGGCUGCCGCCGACGACUCCACCAGCGCCUUCAUCUACGCCGGCUGCUCCCAGACCCGCUACGCCCCAGGAUCCCCCUCCCAGCUCAACGUCGACUCUCUCCUCUCCUCCCUCGCCUCCGCCUCUUUCGCCUCCCCCUACUCCAACCUCACAUCCGCCGUCGCCUCCGCCGCCUUCCCUGCCUUCGGUCUCUUCCAGUGCCGUGGCGACCUCCAGCCCUCCGAUUGUGCUGAGUGCGUCCGAUCCGCUCUCUCCCGCAUCUCCUCCCUAUGCCCCUUCGCGGCCGGCGCAGCCGUCCAGCUUGCCGGCUGCUUCCUCCUCUACGGCAACGACUCCUUCGUCGGGAAGCCCGAUACCAGCGUCCUCUACAAGAAGUGCGGCGCCGCCGCGGGCGCAGGGUACGGGCCUGAUCAGAUCGGGAUCCGCGAUGCAGCCCUAGCCUCCCUGACCGGCAGAGGCAACGGUCCCACUGCUGGCGGAUACAGGGUCGGUGCCGCGGGGUACGUGCAGGCGGCGGCGCAGUGCGUCGGGGACCAGAGCGCGAGCCAGUGUGAUGACUGUGUGGCGGUGGCGGCGGCGCAGCUCAGGGCCGCGUGCGGGUACGCGGUUGCCGGCGACGCCUACCUCGGCAAGUGCUACGCCAGGUUCUGGUACAACCGCAACGGGGCCUACAACGACGAGGCGUACCACCACCACCAUGACGAUGAUGAAACUGGGAAAACAGCAGCAAUUGUCAUUGGCCUCAUAGCAGGAGUUGCUCUUCUCAUAAUGUUCCUCACCUUCCUUAGAAAGGCUGGAAGCUAUGGAAAAGAUUGAUUAAAGAUGGUGUGGCCCAAGCUUUACUUUAUUUUGGCGCUUUAUGAGAUUGUUCUUUUUGGGACAAUUAAUUCCUAAAAUUAGGAUAAAGGAUUGGGAAGAAGUGGAUAAGAGCAAUCAUAAAGUUGACCUAAAGGGAGAAAGGAGAAUAUCAAAGUACAAAUUUAAUUGAAUAGUUUAUCCACAUUGUAGCUUGAUCAUCAUUAUUUUUUAAAAAAUAAUUAUUGUUUAUUUGGUUGGUGGCAUAGAGUAAUUAAUUGGUGGAUAGGUGGAGUAGCAUAGAGAUUCAAUCGAAUUGAAUCGAAUCAAAUAGUAUGAAAAAUUUGAUAUUC